UCUCGUAUUCUUCGUCUUCUUCGCGUUGUUCAACGAAGGGUUACAGUUAUCUCUCUCUGCACUUCCCAUGGCGGGAUUUUUCUCUCUCCUCCGGCGCGUGUACCUUACUCUCUACAACUGGACCGUCUUCUUCGGAUGGGCGCAAGUUUUGUACCUUUCCUUGAAGACAUUGAAUGAAUCGGGACACGAACAUGUCUACGACGCUGUCGAGAAGCCUCUCCAGCUUGCUCAGACCGCCGCCGUUCUCGAGAUUCUUCAUGGAUUGGUAGGUUUGGUUAGAUCUCCAGUCUCUGCUACGCUGCCGCAGAUAGGUUCAAGACUAUAUGUUACAUGGGGCAUCUUGUACAGUUUCCCUGAGGUUCGAUCUCAUUUCCUUGUCUCGUCGCUAGUCAUCAGUUGGUCCGUUACUGAGACUAUACGGUACUCUUUCUUUGGACUCAAGGAAGGUCUGGGCUCUGCUCCUUCAUGGCUCUUGUGGCUCAGAUACAGCAGCUUUUUGGUGUUAUAUCCAACCGGUAUCACCAGUGAAGUAGGACUUAUCUACCUUGCCUUGCCUCAUAUCAAGAAAACGGAGAAGUACAGUGUUAGGAUGCCAAACAAGUGGAACUUCUCGUUCGACAGCUUCUACGCGGCAAUACUCGUUCUUGGAAUAUACGUUCCAGGAAGUCCUCACAUGUACAGGUACAUGCUUGGACAGAGGAAGAGAGCUCUCUCCAAAUCCAAGAGGGAGUAAGGGCAUUUCUCCAUCAACCAGAUUAUAAAUUCAUCAGAUUAUGAAAUAUCAGUUUCGCAUUUAUGAACUACGACGAUUUUUACUACUCCUUGUUUCCUUGUUUCAAUAUGAAUGUCGUUUUAGAGAUUAUUUUUUGUUUCUAAACAGUUGUAAUUUUAGAUUUUUUAAAUAUUUUAAUAAAAGAUUUCAAUUUUA